AGUCCUCCUAAUCUUCACUGAGGUGCUUGACGGCAGCUAGCUCGCACCCCUCCCGUCCGUCUCCCGUGUCGACAGCAGAUCCUCCUCCAGCCUCUUUAAACUGCUUUCGCCGCCACACAAACGACAUUUUGGGGGUUCGGUCUGUAGCUCUCCGUCCUCACACCCCUCGUAUCUCUCUGCGCGUCUCGGAGGAUAUUUCUUCUCUGUCGGAGCGUUUGGAAAGCGAAGCCGAGCACAGACGGAGCUGUGUUUUAGGCUACUUCAGUGGGCGGAUAAAGCGGAGGAGGGCAUCCGGGCCUGGCUGCUCCGGAGAGUCGGCUCCUGAACGACGGAAUUCACCAUUUUCAGGCCGUGCACUGCCCUGCUAUGGAGAAGAUGAAGAGGAUUAAGAAGCGUCUGUCGUUAACACUCCGCUCCAGUCAGACCAUAGACGAGUCGCUGUCUGAACUGGCCGAGCAGAUGACCAUCGAGGAGAGUGGCACCAAGGACAAUGAGCCCUUCAUGAGGAACGGCCGCCCCCCCACCUCCCAUAGCAUGCACUCCUUCCUGCACCAGUACACCGGCUCCUUCAAGAAGCCCCCGCUCCGCAGGCCCCACAGCGUCAUCGGUGGCACCCUGGGCUCCUUCAUGGCAAUGCCACGCAACGGCAGUCGCCUGGAUAUCGUGCAUGAGAACCUGAAGAUGGGCUCAGACGGGGAGAGCGACCAGGCAUCAGGAACGUCUUCAGACGAGGUGCAGUCUCCAACCGGCGUCUGUCUGAGAAACCGUGUCCACCGACGGAUCUCCAUGGAGGACCUCAACAAGCGCUUGUCUCUGCCUGCUGACAUCCGAAUCCCCGACGGUUAUCUGGAGAAGCUGCAGCUGAGCAGCCCGCCCUUCGACCAGCCACUCAGCCGACGCUCCCGCCGAGCCUCGCUGUCGGAGAUUGGUUUUGGGAAGUUGGAAACAUACAUUAAGCUGGACAAACUGGGAGAGGGAACCUACGCCACAGUAUUUAAAGGACGCAGUAAACUGACGGACAACCUGGUGGCGCUGAAGGAGAUCCGGCUGGAGCACGAGGAGGGAGCGCCGUGCACCGCCAUCAGAGAAGUGUCGUUACUGAAGGACCUCAAACACGCCAACAUCGUGACGCUACACGACAUCGUCCACACUGACAAAAGCCUCACGCUCGUCUUCGAAUACCUGGAUAAGGACCUGAAGCAGUACAUGGAUGACUGUGGAAACAUAAUGAGCAUGCACAAUGUGAAGGUUUUCCUGUUCCAGAUUUUACGAGGGCUGUCCUACUGUCAUAAGAGGAAAGUUCUCCACAGGGACCUGAAGCCUCAAAACCUCCUCAUCAACGAGAAAGGGGAACUCAAACUGGCUGAUUUCGGUCUGGCGAGGGCCAAGUCUGUCCCGACUAAAACCUACUCCAACGAGGUGGUGACUCUUUGGUACCGGCCUCCUGAUGUUCUACUGGGAUCCUCUGAGUAUUCAACACAGAUUGACAUGUGGGGUGUUGGUUGCAUAUUCUAUGAGAUGGCUGCGGGUCGGCCGCUGUUCCCCGGCUCCACCGUGGAGGACGAGCUCCACCUCAUCUUCAGGUUACUUGGCACUCCCACAGAGGAGAACUGGCCGGGAAUCUCCUCCAUCGAAGAGUUUAAGUCCUACAACUUUCCCAAAUACAAACCGCAGCCGAUAAUCAACCACGCUCCCAGGCUGGACAGUGAAGGCAUCGAGCUGCUGCUGUCUUUCCUCAAAUACGAAUCUAAGAAGAGGAUUUCAGCUGAAGAGGCCAUGAAACAUUCCUACUUCAGGCAGCUGGGGACGAGUGUUCACACACUGCCUGAGAUUAUAUCAAUAUUCACCUUAAAAGAAGUCCAGCUGCAGAGAGAUCCAGGCUACAGGAACUCCUCGUACCCAGAGUCAGGUAAUGGCAAGAUCAACAGGAGGCAGAGCAUGCUCUUCUAAUGUCUGAUGAAGAGGAAGGGGCGACUUCCCGGCUUCUUCACGAACACGUCCACCAACCUCUCGCAUGAGCCCUCCUCCCCCUCCGGAUUAACCCCACCCCUUACCUGCACACACACACAUAAACACGCACACACAUCCCUCUGAGCGAGUGACUCUGGGUUGAAUCUAUUUGAGAGACUGUGUUUAUUUAUUGGGGGGGGGGCGGGGUGAGGAUGAAUUAUUUGCUGCUAAACUACUACUGUCUGUAUUUAACACACCGUGUGUGUGCAUGUGUGUGUGUGCGUGCGUGUGUGUGUGUAUGUACAUGAUGUGAACUCGAGACGCCAUGCACAGUUGAGCAGUCAGUAAGGUUAAUGUUGUUUUUUUUCUUCUGACUACGAUUCUCCGGCUUCCGUUGAGUUAGAAUUCCACUGAUGUUGAUGUUGACGCUGUGAUCCAAGUUGUUGUUCUUGUUGUCGUGCUUGGAGACCGAACGCUUCAGUUUCUUCAGAUUUUUUUUUUUUGUUUCCUUUUUAUAAAUAUGUAUAUCUCUAUAUAUUUGGAGUUUAUGUUUUGUUUUUCUUCGAGCUUCCGUGACUAAACAUUUCCAGGUUUUUAAAGGACCGGGACGGCUUGAUGGUCCUGGUUGGGGGGAGAAACGGUUUCUCUGGAUUCCUCAUUUUUCCAAAAAACAUUUCAGUCCGACUUUGCUUCUGGAGGCCCUGCUGCCCUCUGGAGGUUUACACUGAGGGUCAGAAAGCAAGGCUGUGAAUGGAUUGCGGUAUCAAUUUUGGCCUGUGGGUUAAAGAAGCACACGCAGAGUCCAAUCAGACUGGGGGAGCGUGAAACCAACUUUUUGGUUCUUUUGUUCUUUUGCCCAUUCUGGCUCAGCACCAGGACCAAAACGCGGGAGGCAGGCAGUUCUGAAGACGAGUGAAAAGCACAGAUGAAAGAGAGGGAUACUGAGGCUGAACAGGAAGUCACGUGACGUCCCACAGGAAGCCAACAAGCCUUCCCUUCAACCCCUCACAAAACUGCCAGGACUUCAAUGCUUUUUGUUUUUCUUCUUUUUUUUAAAGAAUACAUGCAAAGCUACACUUUCUCGACUCUGUGUGCAUUUUGCAGAGCUCACUGCAGUAACUCUUUGUUUUUAACCUGCACCUCAGUGUGUUUUCUUUUUGGAAUCAGGGACCCGAGCCUCAACACGGCCGAGUUUACCCAUCAGUAUUAAGAUGUGUUCUCUGUGUCUGUGACCUUUGACCUCUCCUUAUGAAACAACAGCAUCAUUGUGGUCUGUUUCUCGGAGGAAGGGGCCGGCGGGUGGGAUGGCGCGGAUCGGGAUGGGGCGUUUAAAAGCAAAAUGGUUGUUUUCCGGUUGCCGUCUGACCACUGCGCUCUCCAGCAUUUGUACACAAGGAAAAGAAAGAAAAAAAAAAGAUUUCAAAUUGAAAUUUUAGAAUUAACUGCCCACUGUGUUGUUUGCAACUGACAGUGAUGCUACAGAUGAAGCCAUUUGAGAAAUCUCACUUUUGACUGCAUGUUUACUGAAGAAAGUCACUUAAACACCCUCACCUCAGUGUCCACUGGUGUGCUUUGCAUCCCUGGAUCAGUUUAGCUGCAGUAUUUUUCUUAUUCUCGAGGACCAACAGAGGUGUCGUCCAGAUAUUUCCAGCAGCUGUAUGAUAGCACAAAGUGAUUCAUCAUUUCAAAGUGAUAACUUGGCAUUUUGGGAAAUAUUUGUAUUUGCAUUCUUGCAAGAUUUAGAUGAAAAAAAUUGGGGCGCAUGUUAGCUUAACAGAUCUGCCCACUAACGUCUCUAAAAUUCACACAUCAACACAUUACGUUUGUUUUAAUUUGUACAAAAAACAAAGUGUAUCAACAGUAAGUCGUGGUUCUACAGGAGGUUAUGUGCUUGACUUCUUGCACGUUAAUCUGUAAAAUGUUUUUUUUUUUUUUUUACACUUUGCUUUUUAUACAUAUCAAAUAAAUAAGCUGUAACAUGUUGCUUUGUGAGCUUCAGAGGUUGCUGGUACGAAGGUCUUAUAACCUUUAGACAGAUCAAGGCUUGCUGUGUCCCAUUUUUUAAAAAUGUUUUCUUUGUUAACUUAAGCUAAGCUACAUGUUUAUUUUACAGACAUGAGAACAGUAUCGAUCAUCCCGUCUAUUUCCCAAAAUGCAAAAAUAUUCCUUCUAAAUAUUUGUGGUAAACUGGUACAGAUUUGUGGGGUUUGUGUCGGACUUUCCAAAUCAAAAAGCAAGACCACCAGACUGGCCAUUUUGCUCCAGAAUUCAGCAGUCACACGGGGAGCGAUGCAUGGUGGAGAGGGCAGAGAGAGCACUUUGUACACUCACAGUAGCAUUUAAAAAAGAAAUGAGUACAGUGCAGAGGCCUCUGCACUAAAACAGCAGCAAUGCAUUCAACAUCACAGGUUGAACACUGAAUACCUGCUUUUUGCUCAACACUUACAGGAAAAUUUGACAUUUAUUUUCUGUUGAGAUUCAAAGGAUUUGAGCAUGAAACGUGCUGGAAGCUCUACUAAUGCCUGAUAAAGAUAAAUUUACGGCUGACGGAAAUCAAUGUAAUAAACAUUAACUUUAACAGUUUGCAACUAAAAACAUGAUAAUCCUGUAAACAUACUGUAUUUCUUAUUAUUCCAGUAAUUGAAAACUCUUUUCGACGGAUCAAUAAAUGAGCUCAGUUUGAUGAAUUAAACUGAAUUUGAUGAAAAGCUCAUAGCAGAACAGAUACAGAUGGAAGAUGCUGUUAAAAGUUUACAUUUAAAGUAAUGUCACAUUUAUUGUGUUCACAGGAAAAAACGAGUCAUUAUAUUAAUGGUAGAUAUCCUGUAUUACAUUCUCCCCAGGUAGCUUUAAAAUGAGCGAACCUUCUCCCCCUCACUGUAUUACCAAAAACCUGUAAGUGUUUGGAUGCUUACAAAGUUAUUGUUUUCCAACUUUGUGCACAUGCCAAUGCAGGAUUAUUCCACUGCUAGCUGCAAAUUGUGCUCCUGCUAGUAGCAGCUUUUCUUGACAUGAACAGCAGUGACAUGCAUUAAAGGAGAUUUCUACAACGGCUUAUAAUAUUUAUCAUUGUAAAACUGUAAAA